AUGGCGGGAUUGACGUGCUCCUUAAAUGCAGAGAGGUGGAACGAAGGUAGUAGGUGGAAGCUUCUUAGGAGAAUGAAGGAGGGAGAGGGGGGCAAUGAGAUACCCGUCACGGAGGUCAAUUGUUCUCCGCAACUGAGUGUGUCUCAUUACUUCGAAUUGGCUUGUCGAAUACAAUGGUUCGGUGCAAAAGCCCCGGGCAGAAGUCCUUAUAGUCAGGAAUCCGACGCUUUAUUUGCCGUCCUUUCAUUCCGCGAUAUGGGAGGAGUCAAGACGAGGCGAGAGGAGUCAAGUCGAGAGAAGACUAGGCGAAAGGAGAUGAAACAAGAGACAAGGAGACCAGAAAAGAGCAAAGGGGACGAGACAAGCAUAGAUGAAAGAAGAGGUAAAGGAAUGAGAGAAGGCGAUACGAGAGUAGACGAAUUACGAGAAGAGGAGAAGAUACGAGAGGAGGAGAGACGAGGAAACAAAAAGAAACGGAAGGAGAAGAAGAAAGGUGAGAGAAGAAGGAAGGAGAGGCAAGUAAACAUGAAAGGAAUAGUGGAGAGGAGACAAGCGCAGAGGAGACGAGAGUUCACGAGACGAGGCGAGGCGAGAGUAGGCAUGAAAAGGAGAGAUGAAAAGUGA